UUGAGCAUGUUGUGGGGGAGCACAUUUGAUAUUCAGGAGAAGGUUAAUAGUCGUGUUGGAGCUGAGUUUCGAGCGGUGACAGCGAAGAUGAUGGUGCUGUUGGGGAAGCCCAGCUUGUCUGAUUUUUUUCCUGGGCUGGUGAGUUUUGAUUUGCAAGGAGUGGAAAGGGAGAUGAAGGAGAUAGUCGUCGAUGUAGAGAGGGUUUUUGAUUCUGUGAUUGAUACACAGGUGAAAAUGGAGGCGGUCAACGACAGAGGGAAGAAGGAUUUUUUGCAGAUUUUGUUGGAGCUCAAGGGGGAAAAUGGUGCGACACCAAUUACCAAGACACAAAUAAAGGCCUUGUUGAUGGACAUUGUAGUGGGGGGAACAGACACUACAGCCACCAUGGUGGAGUGGGUGAUGACGGAGAUCAUGCAUAACCCACCGAUAAUGAAAAAAGUCCAAGAAGAAUUAUCAGGCAUUGUGGGAAUGAACAACUUUGUAGAAGAGUCCCAUAUGCCCAAAUUACUCUACUUAGAUGCGGUCGUGAAGGAAACAUUUCGAUUACACCCUUCACUUCCUCUCUUAGUCCCUCGGUGUUCUAGCCAAUCUUGUGUAGUUGGCGGAUACAGCAUACCAAAGGGCACUAGGGUGUUUUUGAACGUUUGGGCAAUCCAAAGGGACCCUAACUUUUGGGACAAUCCAUCAGAGUUUAGGCCGGAGAGGUUCUUGGGUGACGACAACAAAUGGGACUACACCGGCAACAAUUUUCACUAUCUUCCAUUUGGAUCAGGGAGGAGAAUAUGUGCUGGCAUUCCUCUUGCAGAGAAAAUGGUGAUGUAUGUGUUGGCUUCACUUUUGCAUUCAUUCAAUUGGCACUUGCCAGAGGGUGAAGAGCUUGAUCUUUCAGAGAAGUUUGGGAUUGUUAUCAAGAAAGAGACACCCUUGAUUGCCAUCCCCACACAAAGGUCAUCUGACUUGAACUUUUAUGCAUAAUAGAGCACAUAACUAGGUGCAGUGGAAAAACACCAGACCUUAUGGAAUCAAUCAGGUUGUAGACCGUGGUUGAUUUUGGGAUCUCUCCUCC